AGGGUGAGUUGAAAAUUGAGAUUGGCUCAAUUAGGAGUAAAAAAAGAAGGUUAAAAGAAUAUGAUGCAAAAUAAAUAAAGAAAUACAAAGAGAAGUGUCACAUGGACAGGCUGUAGGGAAAAGAUAGCUUUAAUUACGGCUGGAAUUUACUAUAGCAAUUAUGGAUAAAAAAAAAAUAAUAAUUAAGAAUUCCUGGAUGCAAUUAAUGAAUCCACUAACAUUUCAACAUUACCAUAGCCAGGCAAAAUGAAAGGUGAGUCCCUUUUUGGGAGUGGACUGCUCUGCUGUUGCCUUCAUCAUCUUCAAUCUUCAUUCAUAUGCUUUCUCAUUUCUUUUCCUUUCUUUCACUAAAAUCUUCCUUCAAAAUAUCCCUUCAUUUGUUUGCUUUUUCUCUGAUGAACUUGAAGGUAGCUGCUGGGUUUUGUUUUCUCAUUAUUCUUUUCUUCAAUCUGGGCCCUUCCAUUUGCAGAACUGACAUUGUUACUGGUUAUGAAGUUAAUCUGGUAGUGCCGGCGGAGUACGAGGAGUGGUUCAUCGGAAGGGCCUUUUUGAUGGAGACGGAGCAUUUAAUGCCGCCCAAUUUCCGAGUAGCUUUGACAGUUGAAGCCACGCAAGGCCAAUAUUCCUGUUCCUUGCAGGUUUUCCUCGGAGAAGUUAGGGUGUGGAGCUCCGGCCACUUUUCCCGGUUUUUCACGGCGGAGAAAUGCGUCCUUGAGCUCACUGCCGACGGGGACUUGAGGCUUAAGGGUCCCACCGGCCACGUGGGGUGGCGGACGGGGACUUCCAGACAAGGUGUGGAGAGGCUCAGAAUAUUGAGAAGUGGGAAUUUGGCUCUGGUGGAUGCUUUUGAAAGAACUAAAUGGCAGAGUUUCAAUUUCCCAACCGACGUGAUGGUUUUGGGGCAGAGUUUGAAUGUGGCUACCCAUUUAACUUCCUUCCCCCCGAAUUCAACCUUCUUCUACUCUUUCGAAAUCGAAACCCAAAGAAUCGCUCUCUAUCUCAACUCUCCGAAAUGCAAGUAUUCUUAUUGGGAAUUCAAGCCUCCCAACAACAUCAACCUCUCAUUCAUCACACUCAACGCCGAGGGUCUGGAUAUCUUCGACGACCGAGCCAAGAAAAUUUCAACAAUCCCAUCAGGAACGCCUCGGCCGUUGAGAUUUAUGGCACUGGGGAACAAAACUGGGAAUCUGGGCCUUUAUUCCUACUCCCCUCAAAGCGGAACUUUCGAAGCUUCAUUUCGAGCACUCAGAAGCACUUGUGACCUUCCUCUGGCUUGUAAGCCGUACGGGAUUUGCACAUUCUCCAAUUCCUGCUCGUGCAUUGGAUUCAAAAUGGGGGGCGAAGAAGAAAUUUGUGGGGGAAGCGAGAUGAUGGAAUUGGAGGGGGUAAGUAGCAUUUUAAGAGAUGGUCCGAAGAGGGUGAAUGUGAGUAAGGAGGAAUGUGGGGAGUGGUGCUUGGAGGAGUGCAAAUGCGCGGCGGCGUUGUACUACUGGGGCGUAAAGGAAUGUUAUGUGUACAGAGUGGUGAUAGGGGUUAAACAGAUUGAGAUGGGAAUGGGAUUGAGUUAUAUGGUUAAGGUUCCGAAAGGGAGUGCGUUGGGGCGGCAGAAGUCAGGGCUGAAGAGAUGGGUGCUUGCAGUGGUGGGUGUGGUCGAUGGUUUGGUUAUUCUUGCUGUUUCUGGAGGCCUUGGCUAUUACUUCAUCAAGAGGAGGAGGAAGAAUUUUAUGGAUACACGAGAUACCCAUUCUUGACUAAUCUCUUUUCUUUUUCUUUUCUUUUCUUCUUUUUCAUGUGAAUUGGAGAGUUUGAUUUUGAUUUCUUCUCUCUCUCUCGGAUUUUUUCUUUUCAGUAACAAGUUGGGGAAUAUAGGCGAUGGAUAUGAAUAUACCAAAAUUGGGAUUUUUUACUCAACUUUGUUGGACAUAUUUAAUUUUUUUAAUUGCAAAUAUUUAUCCAGGUCAACUAGGCAGAAUGUAGUCCACUUUCUGUUGAAUCGUUUGAUCAUGGUUGUGUGUGGC